AUGCAAUCGCACACCAACUGUGCCUUUUCGGUAGACGAAGUGCCCUCAGGAGCGCCGGAAGAGGCGCCACCACCUCGCGCCUCUCCGAGCCAGACGCCGAGGGAUCGCUGGAGUCGCGACAUCGAGUUCCUCCUCUCGUGCAUCGCCUUGUCCGUGGGUCUGGGCAAUGUGUGGCGCUUCCCAGUCACGGCGCUGGAGAAUGGUGGCGGAGCCUUUGUGAUUCCUUAUCUCAUUGUGCUGGUGUUUGUGGGACGUCCUGUGUACUAUCUGGAGAUGCUGCUGGGACAGUUUUCCAGUCGCGGCGCCGUGAGGGUGUUCGACUUCGCGCCUGCCUUCCGGGGAAUUGGAUACGGCCAGGUGCUGUCCACGGGCUUCGUGACCAUCUACUAUGCCUCCGUGAUGGGACUCACGCUCAGGUACUUCUUCGCGGCACUCACAACGGAUGAACUGCCGUGGAAUAAGUGCCGGCCAGAGUGGAAUGACUCCUCGACGAUUUGUGUGGACUCGAGUCUGUCAAACACCUUCGGAAGGGCGAUUCAGGAUGACCAGAGACCAAUCACGUCGGCUGAGCUGUACUUCAGCAAAGAGAUCCUGAAGGAGAAGGACUCCAUUGAGGAUGGAAUUGGAUAUCCAGACGCCAUUCUGAUGGGAUGCUUAGCACUCUCCUGGACUGUUGUCUGCCUCACGCUCAUUCGUGGUGUGAAAUCUUCUGGGAAAGCUUCCUACUUCCUCGCCAUCUUUCCCUACAUUGUCCUCACCAUUCUCCUCGUGCGUGCCGUCACUCUUCCCGGCGCUAAGGAUGGCAUUCUCUUCUUCAUCACACCACAAUGGGAUCAACUGCUCGAGCCCAAAGUCUGGUACGCCGCCGUGACGCAAGUAUUCUUCUCCCUCACCAUUUGCUUCGGGAACAUCAUCAUGUACGCGUCGUACAACAGAUUCGAUCAGAAUAUCUACAGAGAUGUUAAUAUCAUCACAACUAUAGACACGGCAACUUCAAUGUUGGCUGGAUUUGUCAUUUUCGGCAUUCUGGGAAAUCUGGCACACGAAAUCGGCACGCAGGACAUCCAAUCUGUGGUGCGAGGAGGCGCAGGAUUGGCCUUCAUCUCGUAUCCGGACGCUCUGUCCAAAUUCACCUUCGCUCCGCAAUUCUUCUCCGCCCUGUUCUUCCUCAUGCUCUUCGCCCUGGGCAUUGGCAGCAACGUGGGCAUGACUUCAUGUGUGAUGACUGUGCUGCGCGAUAGAUUCCCAUCUCUGCCACACUGGCAAGUUGUCCUUGGAAUAGGUUUUGUUGGCUUGCUUCUGGGAUCGAUCUUCGUCACUCCGGUGAGCUUUUUUCUGUCUAUUUAUUAAGAUGUUUAGACUCAAUAUAUUGGCUCUGCUUUUUUUCCUUCCAGGGAGGUCA